CGACAUCGUGCGCAGGCCGGCUCCACGGUGCUGGCGCCCAUCGACCGAUGGUGGGCCGUAGACCUAUAUUUUAACGAUAUUAACGGCGAAAUAUAUCGCAAAAUACGACAAUAUGAAGGAGAGCAGAACGAGCCUUUUCGAGAGCGGUGGUUUGUACGAUUGUCAAAAAGCAACCAAGGCCGACUGGAACAACUCGACAACCGCAAAAAUCGCCGGCUUCGCGGCGCUUUUGAUAAAUUGCUACGUAUCCCAGGCGUUUGGCCCAACGGGAUGAGAAUCAGCAUGCUACAUCGUCUGAUUGCUACUGACUGUGUAGAAGAGAUGAUUACCUAUCUCGAACACGUCGACGAGUUCUGGUCCUCCCUCGUCGGCGCCGAUACGGUCACCAUGAAGAAGAUCGAUCAAGAUACUGUGGAUAAUUUGCAGCUUUUGGCCCCUGGUAAGAGCCGCGCAGAUAAGAGUACCGCAUGUGGGCUUGUCCUAAGUGGUCGGGCGUUUUCGGACUUCAGUGAAGCAGAGCGAAGGUCUAUCUGGAGCCGUCUGGAGGUCUUUGAAGGGCUGGUACCGUCGCUGUAUACCUUUUUCGAGGAUUUCAAAUAUCUAGAAAAUUGCGCUCAGUGCGUCAAACGCCUCUUCGGCCCCGUAAACGAGUCUAUAUGGAACACCAUGAAGCAUAUGUUCCACGGUUCCCCAGACAUCGAGGAAGAGUGUCUCAUUCAGACAUCCGAGUGCACUGUGCGUCACCAGCGUGCAGGCAGUGCAGAACGCCUCGACCUAGGGUACCGACAGGUUUGGCUCUACGCCAUGCGGAACUAUACCUUGAUGCCGCCCGACCCGAAGAACGACGACGACCUCUUGGCUAAACCUAAUCGGGCCAUGGCGGAUGCCCGUACGAUCUACGAUCUGGCUGACCUCGCGCGCCGCCUUGGAUUCCGUUCUCCAGAGAUUGAGAGUAUAGUGCAAGGGUCCCCUGACCGCCAGAUCGCCCGGAAUGCUCUGCUACAAGCCCGAAAACCCCAUCACUUUCGAUACGACCCUCGCGGGUUUGAUGCUCUUGUUGACCGGAUCACCGAGUGCUUCUCUGCCGCAAUUCCUUGCGAGCCCGAGCGGAGCCCCGAGCUCUUGGCGGACAGCACGGUGAAAGCUCGAGCCCGAUGCGGAACGCCCCAAAAGCGGACGCACAAGCAAGACAACUUACAUCUCUUCAUAGACUAUCUUCAUAACGAUGAGGUUACAAUUUCUCAAACGAUUACCUCUUUUUUUGUCCGUCGUUGCGUCUAUUUUGCCUUUUUUGGGAAACCUUGGUCCCAUAACCGCCGUCAUGCUAUUCAUGGUGGUGGCCCACGAAGAGAUUCGCCUCCACCUUCCCCGUUGUUCGUCAGAGAUGAUAGCAUUUCCCCAGGCCUAGAUACCAGUAUCACCGCGAGACCUGCAGAGACAGCGGGGCAACGUGGCUCAGGGCCACGAGAGGCACUGACAGGAAGAGGCCAACCGAACGUGCGGGAGCCACCGCACCAGGUGCAGACCCAUGAGAUGCUACGAUGCCGAACAAGCAAAAUGCAGAAACGAAGACCCCCGACACGAUAUGAGCCGCCAAUGGAGCUGGACCGUCUGAGUGCAGGCUCCACUAACGACGAAAUGACGGAUGAUGACCGCUCGAAUCUGUUGAUCACCGACGCACGUCUCUCAGAGUCACCAUCAUCGAGUGCAGCCGGUGAUAUGGUCCUUUGGGCGCCUCUGCCGGAUCGUGGGUCUCCAGUGCAUGAUCGGGCUGAGCGAAAGGAGAGGACAGAGGUCGCCGCGUCACGGGAGCCAUCUGAUGAAGGCGUCUCGGAACAGGUCGCUCCUCUGGGGCCCGUCGCGCAAGACUCGGGCCUCAUUGAGUUGACCGCCCCGGGCGUAGUUGCUCCUGAUCAACCAACCGGAGAAGCAGAAUCCGAGCAAAGCCCAAGUAGUUCGUGCCCCAAGCGACUACGCGGAGCUGCAAGUAGUGAAAAUCUGGCUCCUACUUAUCAGACCCCGGCAGAGGAAGUAUCCGCGGAAAACCAGCGGGACCCGUAUUGGGACGAAUAUGACGAUAGGCAUUUACGGGCUCGGGAGGAGCAGGACCGGCUGGAAGAACUCGAACGGGAGCUGCUGGAACACAAACUUGAUCUCUCCCCAACUAGGCCCCAGCCAGCCCCGGAAUCACUUUCGCAGGGUCAUUCGUUGGCUCCAGAACCCCAGGCGCUAACAUCACCAGUGUCGUCCAGUUACUCCCGAUCGGACAUUUACCAACUUGGGUUAGAGCAGGAACCACCAGGCUCUGUUGCUGGGGAUCCACUAGAGACGGCGGCGGCCGUUCAAAACUCAGACCGAGGCAUCCUGGAAGGACGCAGUUCUGCGGCACAACGAGAACGUCCCUUGACCCAACUUGAUGCUGGAAAACUUGAACUCCCUGCAGUAUCGGGCGCAACAAGCGCUCCCGGGAUCCCGGAGGGCUCUGCUUCACCAUCUCCGGCUGCGUCCGCCGGCCCGGCCCUUCCCACUGGGGCAACCGAGGAAAGGCCACCACUGACCACGCCGGUUGAAGUCUCAUUUUGGUCCUUCGAGCGAGGGGAUUGGCGGCUAACUAACGUUGUUCGCGUUGAUCCAUCGGACCCAUCAACUGUGGAACGGGUUGCGAUGAAGUACAUGUGGAAGGGAUAUUCGUUGUAUGACCUGAAUAUGCAGAGCGUGAGCCCGGCCGAAUGCUUUCACGCUGCAACGGUCGAUGGGAAUAAUAGGAUCUUUGUGAUAUCAGAGGAUGAGGAAAAGAAAUUGGUGGCCCAGGGUCAACUUAUCAAAGACAGGCGACUUUUAUCUUCAAGGCUGCUGAAUCGGGAUCAAUCAGCGACCGCAACACAUACCAAGGUACAUCAUCCACGAAGGACAGAGUAGCGUUUCCUAGCCUUCCAUUAGCGCCUGUGACUUGAAACAGGCAUCUUAGGUAUGCGCAUGGCUUAUGUGGCCGCUCUUGGGACCGUCUCGGACAUAUGCAGUAAAUAGGCUCGUGUAAAAGCUUCUAAGUCUGGCUGCCACCCGAGAAUCUCCUAUUAGGCGAGUAUUUGAAAUGUUAUUUUCUGAGUCAUAGAAGGGUGUAUUUAAG